AUGAGGAGUUCGUCGUCAACAGCCCUGGCACUUGUCUUGCUGAUGGGCGCCCUGGUCGUGACGGCGGUCUCAGCGAGGAGACUCGCUCAUUUGGACGAGGAUCACGAUGAGGAGGACGAGCAGCCGUGGCUCAACGAGAAGGAGCGGCGGAGGAACGUGAACACCAAGAAUCACGUAGGCGGAGACAACGCCUUCAACUACGAGGAGCUGCGGCGAGGCAGGAUCGGCAACGAUGGCGCUCGCAAAAAGGACGUUUCUGAAGCGCCACCAGCACCACCAAGCGUAUACUGGGAUAAAACCGCAGCCACAUAUGUAAACCCACCAGGCGCUCAGGCGACCCACAGGCGACGAAUGUUCAAGAGGUUUACUGACCAAAUCUACAAGGCAACUACUGAGAAUCCGCCACAACCUCUUCAAAGAAAGAAACCUUUAGAACCUCGUGUACCGAAACCGGAUGACUAUCCCGGAAACCACGGCGAUGACGCGGUGUACACCCGGGACAACGAACAGCCCCGGGAGCAGGCGAUGCCUUCCAAUCGUUGGGGCACCGAUGGCGUAGCACCUGUCGGAAAGCGUCAACCGCCGCACAAGGGGAACGAUAAGCGGAAGAGCAGCUGGGACAAUAGCGAGGACGAACAGAGCAGUGGAGACGAGGACUCGUUUGACACCAAGGAAGGGAAAAGGAGCCAGGAUGCCUUCGACGAUGAUAAACACAGCGAUCAUCAUGAUAAUCAAAAGGACCACAACGAGGCCGGUGGUGCAAAAGGCGCAGGUGACAACUUUGGUACUGACAAGACGUGGAACAAGAGAGGCGACCAGGAUAAGGCAAAGGACAAACCUUGGGGUACGGGGAGCAGGUCCAACCCUAGAAAUAAAGACGCCGUAGAAAACGACGCCAGUCACGAUAAAAAGGACGACGGGUACCCCCCUGACCGAAACGACGGGUACCUGGAAGACAUGGACGACAUGGAUAUGGAAGCCAACCACAGACAAAAGAGGAGGUUGCACAGACUGCACUAG